GUAUGGCAGACAGAUUCAGAUAGAAGGAAGGGGUAGGAAGAACAGUCAGUGUCUAGCUAAGAAAGCAAGCUAGCAAAUAAAAUCCGUCUCCAUCCUUUCCCAAACGAAAGGGAAUGCCACCCAAAAGGACAAGAACAUAAUCUACACAUUUUAGGCAUUCAGAAAAACCUCAUAUUGUGAUAUUUUGAAAAACGGGGAGGUUUAAAAGGGAUGGUGAAAUUUGGAUUGUGAAAGAAGAAACAGUAAUAAUAUUAAAUAUAGGGAGACGGGUUGGAAAGCAGAGAAAGGGAAUAUUUAGAAAUAAUACAAUUCCAGCGGUUUAAAAGGUUGAAUUAGAAAGUACUCUGGGAUUUAUUGUAUUACUAUUACUUAUUCUUUGAAAAUAUAAAAUAAAAACCAUGGAACUUAGAGUUGGAAACAGAUACAGACUGGGGAGGAAAAUUGGAAGUGGUUCAUUCGGAGAUAUUUAUUUGGGAAAACAAGCUACCGAAGGUACUAGCAGUGGCAGCAUAAAAGGAGCAGAUAUUGCUGCUGGAGAAGAAGUGGCAAUUAAACUAGAAUGUGUGAAAACCAAACACCCACAGCUCCACAUAGAGAGCAAGAUCUACAAAAUGAUGCAGGGAGGAGUUGGUAUUCCCACAAUUAAAUGGUGUGGAGCAGAAGGUGAUUACAAUGUGAUGGUGAUGGAGCUUCUGGGACCAAGUCUUGAGGACCUCUUCAACUUCUGCUCAAGAAAAUUCAGCCUAAAGACAGUCUUGCUACUGGCUGAUCAGAUGAUAAGCCGCAUUGAGUAUAUCCACUCGAAGAACUUCAUACACAGAGAUGUGAAGCCUGACAACUUCCUAAUGGGACUGGGGAAGAAGGGGAACCUCGUUUAUAUCAUCGACUUCGGCCUUGCCAAGAAAUAUCGGGACGCACGCACACACCAACACAUCCCCUACCGUGAGAACAAGAACCUGACCGGUACAGCCCGCUACGCUUCCAUCAACACACACCUGGGAAUCGAGCAGUCGCGCCGUGAUGACUUGGAGUCCCUGGGCUAUGUGCUGAUGUAUUUCAACCUGGGCUCCCUGCCCUGGCAGGGCCUCAAAGCAGCCACCAAGAGGCAAAAAUAUGAACGAAUCAGCGAGAAGAAAAUGUCAACCCCCAUUGAAGUCCUCUGCAAGGGCUACCCAUCCGAGUUUGCAACAUACCUGAAUUUUUGCCGGUCUCUUCGUUUUGAUGACAAGCCAGAUUAUUCAUACCUGCGACAACUCUUCAGGAAUCUCUUCCACAGACAAGGGUUUUCCUAUGACUAUGUGUUCGACUGGAACAUGCUUAAAUUUGGUGCCAACAGAGCUGCUGAAGAUGCAGAGCGAGAGAGGAGGGAGCGAGAGGAGAGAAUGAGGCACACACGGAAUCCAGGCACUAGGGUACUGCCACCCACAACAGCUGGAAGGCCCAGGGGAACCCAAGAUGUCGCACCACCCACUCCCCUGACUCCCACCUCUCACACUGCAAAUACGUCCCCCCGCCCUGUAUCGGGAAUGGAGCGCGAGAGGAAAGUCAGUAUGAGAUUGCACCGCGGUGCCCCAGUCAACAUCUCCUCCUCUGACCUCACAGGGAGGCAGGACACCUCACGUAUGUCAACGUCACAGAAUAGCAUUUCCUUUGAACACCACGGCAAGUAGCUGCUCGCCAUGUUCUUGUUUGAAGGCAGCACUGGAUCCUAUCUCGAGUGGCCCCCAGCGGUCUCCAGUCUGCUGUACACCGAUGAAAGAAAGCUAUUUGCCAUGGAGGGCAGAUAAUGCAUGGCUGAUCUCUACUAGUACUAUUCCAACAGCUUCACUGAUGCAAAAAAUAAAUAAACCCCAAAAUGAACAAAUAAAAAGAGCUUAUGAUGCCUUUUAAAGAAACAAAACUUCAGGUUUAAAAAAAAAAAACUGCAUACAAAAAUAGGAACAGAACCAUUUUCUGCAGCCCCUGCUUUUGCCAAGCAGAUGUUGCAAGAAGCCACUUGCUACAAGCACCAUUUGAGUAGCAGCAGAAGUGGGCUUUGAGAGACGAUUUACCAAGUGGACUGGCUAUCUUUGCCAUUUUUGUUCUCCCUCCACUGUUGGCAAAGUAAUGAUUUUAUUAUCCUACUGUAAUGAUAGACUAACACUUUUUAAACUGUUUUGUUAAGCUAAAUUUAACAGGCUCCAGUCUGUCUAGAUGGGUAGUAUGUCGGUGUAUUGCUUUUAUUGUCUGAUUAUACAAAAAAAAAAAAAACUUUUGAAUUUAAGACUUGAAAUUCCUCAUAAGCCUCACAGAAAAUGUUUCACAUGAAAUUUAAAAAUAAUUAUUAAACUUCACCUUUUGUUUUUUUGUAUGGACCCGUUUUAUGCUUAGUGGCCCAUGUUCCUUUUUUCUAUUUGACUAAGGAUUUCAAAACAUUUUUUGCUAGCUUGUUUGUAGAACCUUUUCAAGUUUUUCUUCCACAUUCAAAUACUUUGACCACUGACAAUUCUGAGUUGUGUGCAAUAAUGUUCUCUGAAUUUCCUAGUGAUGCCAGUGGUAGGUACAGUGGCAACUAACAUCCCUAAACACCUUUUAAAGCCAAUGACAAUGUGGAAGGAGGAACUGGGUAACAUUUUAAAUGGGUAUCUUUUUUUUUUUUUUUUUUUUUUUUUUUUUUUUACACAGAUUUCUGUUGUAUUUUAAUCUUUAGAAAUAGUCUUUGGUGGGUUUCCUGGUUUCGCUGAGACUUCCACAUUGAAGCGCUCUGUACUUUGUUGCUAUUUGUCGCAGUCCCAUAAUAUGUUUUAUAUUGACAUUUUACACCAUUUCAAAGCUGUGAAAUAAUAAAACCUGUAUAAUUGAAAUGUAAAUGUAUCCAUUUGCUGUCCUGUGAAUCAUGCUAAGUUCUGUCAUUUUAACCUGAGCUAUCAAGCCUUCUUUAAUAGACUGCAGGGACCUGGUAGAAUAGGGCUUUAGUGUUCAUGCCUCAUUGACUAGCAGUUCUUGGGACACUUAGUUUUUUGCCAACUCAAAGGAGCAGUAUUUAUAAAAGGACCUCUGGCUCUUAAAUGAACCUUAAAGGGGUUAGACAAAAGGGACUGGUGUCUCAUGCUAAACAAGUGGCGAGUCAUGGUAAAUCCCCAUUUUAUAACUAGCUUCUUUAAAUAAGUGAACUGAUCUUGCUUUUUUAAUAUACAUUUUAAAUGGUAUCAAAAACAGACUUGUGAUUUUUGGUUUGUCAAAAGUAGGAUAGUCUGUCUUUUAAGUGACAUACUUUGCUUUUAAAAAAAAUAAGUAAUUGGCAAGGAACACUGCAUGCAAACUGGGCUUUGGCAAAGUUUAAUAACUAUUGCUAAUUAAGCUGCAUCAUAGAACUGUGUACAGUAGUGAUUUCUUCCUUUUAAGAAAAAAAUAGUCUUGCUGUUGGAAUGAAAGUUUGACUGAGGCAUGUGCACAAAAACCUAGGUUAUAUACCUGAAUUUAUAAGAUCUCUGCUUUAACAUUGCUAUAAGGGAGAGGAGCUGUUGUGUGGGACUUCGCGUUUGUAAUUAUACAGUUUACACUAAAACAUUACCCCUUUUUCCAUAACUAUUACCUUGAACUGUUUCAAUUGAGUCAACUUCUUGUGUAUGUCUGAAUCAUUCUCCUGACCUAUUUAUCAUUCUCCAUUAUGGCUGACCACAUCAACUUUCCACAUCUCCUUCUCCCUUUACAUAUUAGCAAGUCUGUAGGAUCCUGUCUAAUGGUAAUCUAUUAGCCCUUUUUUUGUUUUCAUUUGUAUUGCCACUGUAUUUGUGUACUUUAAAAUUGUGUAAAUAAAUUAUUACUUGUAAA